CUCAGCGGGCUUGACAUCAGUAUCAUUAGACGGGGCAGCGGCAAGUCUGAAACGGAAGAAGAGCGUCGUGGAACGCAAGUCAAACAAGAAGGAGGUGGCCAAGAAGAAUAACAUAUGCCACAAUUGUCAAACUCGCGAUACCACUCUCUGGCGACGCAGCAAGAAAGGGAACCUGGUCUGUAAUCCCUGCGGGCUAUACGAGAAAGUGAACGAAAACCCGAGACCGAAGACGUUGUUUGGCAAAUUUCUACCCCGCCGGCGUAAACGCAGGGGAUCGAAGCCAGACAUACCUGCCGAUUUUACUUUAGAUGAGAAGUACAGUUCUAUGGGAUUGGGACCCAUGCAACAACGAGGAAUGAACCCCGCAGCUCAAUAACAGUGUGCGGUUUGGUUAGUAUUCGUUCGAUGUCGAUGUCGAUUGCGAUUUUGAUCAAGCGUUGUUGCGUGGGCUAGUGGUUUAUAGUACCCGCGUCGGCGUGCAAUAUGGAGGAUGCAAUCAAAGCAGGCCAGUAUGAGGGUGUACGUACCGGAGCACACAGACAUUGCGUGCGCGUAUUGGAUUCGGCUCAUACGCACAUCGAACGCACACGGCCCUGAUUUAGAAAGCAAACUAGUAAUCGUUUCCAUGGAUACGCUUACGUGCGUUCUGGUCACGAUAACAACCCAAGGGCCCGGCAGAAGACACAAGACACGCGCUCGUUGAACAGUACGGGGUUUUAGUAGACCUCACAACUAUUAGAUCAACAACUUGGCAAUACAACAAUUCGACUGCUUUCCCAGUUGAAAAUCAAUUUCCGAUAUGUACUGGGUCAAGCUGUUUGUGCACCUUAGCGGCGUGGAAAGUGCGAUCUAGGGCAACCGUGCAUUGUUUGCAAAGCGAUAGGUUGGAGCCUGAGCUCUCCCGGAAUCAUCUGGGUAUGGUCUGGCACCAGGUGGUAUGGUCUGGUGUCGUUGGCUUGAGCAUUCUGGGGUGCUGUCAAUGGUGUGUCGUGGCCGAGAUCAUAUGCUUCAGCAAUAUCAUCAGGGAUGAAUUAAAUCUCCCACAAUUUCCCAGUUAUAGAAUAGACAUCAAUCAAGGGGUACAUAUACGAUGCCCCAGAGGUUCUGCAUCAUCCAGGGUGGUGCUAUUUUGUAUACUCGUAUCAGAAAAUUGUGUGCAAUUAUGGCUAUAUAGUAAAACUAAAUUUAGAAUAAAAAGUUUCCAG